GAAGUUAAUUCAAAUCAACUUAUACCGAUUGCGAAAAAACUUGGAUUAGAUAUUUCUGAGAAGAUAUUAACUAAUAGCAAGCUUGCAAUCAAAGAUGAAGAUUCAUUAGCCAAAUUUAUUAUUUCUCUUGCAAAAGAAAGUGAUAACUUUGUCCCAUUAAUUGAGCACAUCCAUUUCGAUUCAUGUAAUGAUGAGAUUAUUGAUGAAAUUCAGGAUUUAAUUAAUGAAAAUAACUACAAAAUAUUUAUCCAAUAUUUCGGUUCUUCGUUUUUGAAGUCAAGACACUCCAAUAACAAGAAUAGGAGAUUUUUUGUUCUAAAAGAGUUUCAUACAAAAGUUGCAGAGUUCAAGAAUUCUAAUGAUAUUGAAAGUCUCUACCAAAUGUUUGAUACACUUUCAGAAGAUGCUGAUCAAAAAUUAAUAUUAAGAGCAUCUGAAGAUAGAGAAUUUUGUGUUAAUAUCCUCCAUUUAGCCUCUAAAAAAGGAAAUCUCAGUCUCAUUCAGUCAUUAAUUGAAUGUGAUUUUGAUAAAGAGACAGAAAAUAAAGAAGGAUACACUCCAUUAAUGAUUGCUUCAUCCAAUGGACAACUGAAUAUUGUAAAAUAUCUUAUUUCUAUUGGAUGUGAUAGAGAUAAAAUAUCUCAAGAUGGAUGUACUCCUUUUGCACUGGCGGCAAUGGAAGGCCACUUCAAUGUUGUUGAAUAUCUGAAUUCUAUUGGUGCUAAUAUAGAAGCAAUGGAUAGGAAUGGAUGGACUGCGCUCAUGUUUGCCUCAUCCAGAGGUCAUCUUGAUAUUGUUAAAUAUCUCAUAUGUUUAGGUGCAAAGAAAGAGGCUGCUAACACAAAUGGAUUUACUCCACUAAUGUUAGCUUCAUCUAAUGGCCAUCUUGAAGUUGUAAAAUACCUUAUUUCUAUUGGUGCAAAUAAAGACAGAGUGAACAUUUAUGGAAUUACAGCUCUUUAUGAGGCAACAUGUGAAAAUCAUCUAGAGGUUGUAAAAUAUCUAAUAUCUGUUGAAGCAAAUUCUCUUACAAAGAAUAUUAAGGGCGAUUCACUAAUUCUUGGAGCAUCACGUGAAGGUAAUCUUGAGAUAAUUAAAUAUCUCAUCUCUAUUGGAAGUUCAACAGAGGAACAAAAUGAAGAAGGAUUCACUCCAUUGCUUUAUGCAUCAUAUAAUGGCCAUAUCGAUGUUGUUAAAUAUCUAAUCUCUAUCGGAUGCAAUUUAAAUGCAAUGACAAAUGAAGGAUACACUGCAUUUACAUUAGCAUCAAUAGCAGGUUUUUCAGAUGUUGCAAGAUAUCUUUUUUCAAUUAUGCCACAGAAAAUUUAA